UGAAAUCACUAGCUACGAACCAGGUAUGUCAAACGUCAUGAGAACUAGGUCGAAAAAAAUAGUCAAUGCCUAACCAAUGGACUAUUUUAAUAUCAUUCUAAGGUGCCUCCGAUGAAAUUAUUAUCAGAUUAUCACAAUUAAGAGUAAAUCUAACGAUGAUCAUUGUUUCCAAGGGAUAAACAGUACAUAACCUCGGAGGAAACUUAAUCAAAGAUUACUAGAUAACUUAUGGCAUAGUUAUCAAAAUGGCAGAUAAAUUUACUUUCGAUUAUGAUGAGAGAGAAUUAAACUUGGGGGCUAGUUUUACUAAUAAUAAGUCUUCACAGUACCAUACUAUAAAAUAUGACUUCAAGCCAGCAUCAGUUGAUGUCAACAAAAUGGCAACCGUGGAUGUGGGUACUAACAACCAGGUCACUGUAACAGUGCCUCAUUUAGAUGGUGCUGGCGUUCCACAGACAGUGUUCAAAGGAAGCCAGCGGCCUUACACGAAAGAAUGUGUGCUUAUCAUUGACAGGGUCACGGGUGAAAUCACCUUAGAGAAACUAUCUAGUAAUAUUCAGGUUAAAAAGACUAGGCAGGAGACAGCGCAGAAGCCGCGGCCUCUGACGCCGGUGACCACGGACUUCACCAACACCACUCAGCGUAGCACGUCGCGCACCAGGGUCGCCACUAACAGGCGCUCCAACACUAAUGCCGGCCCUGGAGCGGCGGCCGGCAGCCAGGCUCGCUUCAAUGGUAACGCGGGGGCUCAUAAGCCUAAUAUGGUGCGCUCCCCGCCGCGAGUCAAGACCUCCCCGCCGCAGGCCGCGCCUUGGUCAGGAGGCGGCAACAGCACGCUAGCGUCUCUCUUCAUGAUCGGAUUAGACGACGCGCCCGCACCCGCGCCCGCGCCCGCGCCCGCGCCCGCUCCCGUUCACAACGCUCACAACGCGCAUAACGUUCACAACGCGCAUAACUCUCAUAACGCGCACAACGGGUACGGGCGGGAGCGGCCCGCGCCGGCCGAGAGGUUCCAGGAGCGGAGCGUGGUGCCCGACAGGCCGCCGCCUGUCUCGCACGCGCCGCCGCCUGUGAGCCAUGCGCCGCCGCCGCAGCCGGUGAGUUGA